CACGGCGAAAAAAACAUAAAACACUUGAUCAUCGCUCCUUUCCCACCUCUCCGUCCUUUUCUCGCCGCUCCUCCUUCCCCGCCCCGCCACCUCUCAUCUCAUCCGCGCCGCCGCACGCCACCGCUCGACGCCGGCGACCCCCGCCCCCCCGAAGCAGCUAGCGCGCCGGCGGCGAGCCUCGGCCAAUGCCGACCUCGUAGAGCCAUGGCCGCUCCUUAGCUAACUGACCCAACCCUUGGGUUUUCACAUCAUUGAUCGCCCUGUGCCGUGCAGUGCAGUUCGUCGACCUCUUGGGUUGGGGUGGGGGGGGGGGGGGAGAUAUGGAGAGAGGGGGAUUCGGCGGGGCCGGCCGCCAUGACGAGGAGGCCCCGGCGAUGAGGCCGGCGCCGCAGCAGCGGUACCGCACGGUGGAGUCGCACGACCGCGCCGUCGUCCAGAUGGCGCCCAUGGAGUUCGGAUCUUCCGCCGAUGCCUCCGCCUCCGCAGGGCCCAGGUACAUCAAGCCUGGAACUAACCUACGCACUGAUGCAAGAAUGCAUAUGGCUUCUUCUAAUGGGCGUAGCUCUAAUGGAUCUCAAGGCGAUUCAAAACUUGAGCUGUUUGGUUUUGACUCUCUGGUCAAUAUUUUGGGACUUAAGAGAAUGGUAGGCGAACAAGCUCAGGCAUCUGCUAGUACUAGGGAUGGAGAAAAUGCAGGGAUUGCCAUUGGACACCCCAAGGAAACUGAAACUAAACUUGAUACCAUGAUGGGUGUAUUCGUGCCAUGCCUGCAGAACAUCUUGGGAAUAAUCUAUUAUAUUCGCUUUACUUGGAUCGUUGGUAUGGGAGGCGUAUGGCAGUCACUUGUUUUAGUCGCAUUUUGUGGUUCAUGCACAUUUUUAACUACGAUAUCAUUAAGUGCAAUUGCGACGAAUGGGGCGAUGAAGGGUGGUGGCCCUUACUAUCUCAUUGGCAGGGCACUUGGUCCGGAAGUUGGAGUUAGUAUUGGAUUGUGUUUCUUCCUUGGGAAUGCAGUUGCCGGAGCUAUGUAUGUGCUGGGAGCUGUCGAAACCUUUUUGGAUGCUGUUCCUUCUGCUGAAUUUUUUCAAGAGAGUGUAACAGUGGUCACCAAUACGUUCGUAAACGGUACCGCAGCAGGCAAUGCAACAACUAUCUCAACACCCAACUUGCAUGACCUCCAGGUCUACGGCAUCAUCGUGACCAUAUUGCUUUGUUUUAUUGUAUUUGGUGGCGUCAAAAUUAUCAACAAAGUUGCACCUGCUUUCUUAAUACCAGUGCUCUUCUCAAUCCUGUGCAUUUACAUCGGUGUCUUUAUUGCACCAAGGCCAAAUGCUUCAAAGUGGAUAACUGGUUUGAGUAUAACUACAUUGAAAGACAACUGGAGUUCAGACUACCAACGAACAAACAAUGCUGGAGUUCCUGAUCCAAAUGGGUCUAUAUAUUGGGAUUUUAAUGCUUUGUUAGGUCUCUACUUCCCAGCAGUUACAGGAAUCAUGGCUGGUUCAAAUCGGUCUGCUUCACUGAAAGACACACAACGUUCAAUACCAAUUGGAACAUUACAUGCUACCAUUUCAACUACUAUGAUGUAUCUACUAUCUGUGUUUCUGUUCGGAGCAUUGUCUACAAGAGAGGGGCUUCUGACUGACAGGCUUCUAUGUGCUGCAGUUGCUUGGCCCUCUCCAGCAGUAGUUUAUGCUGGUAUAAUUCUAUCCACUUUAGGUGCAGCGCUACAGAGUCUGACAGGGGCUCCAAGGUUACUUGCAGCAAUAGCGAAUGAUGACAUUCUUCCUGUACUUAAUUAUUUUAAGGCUUAUGAAGGGUCUGAACCUCAUGUGGCAACUCUGUUUACAAGCUUCAUCUGUAUUAGCUGUGUCAUCAUUGGGAACUUGGAUGUAAUUACACCCACUAUCACCAUGUUUUUCCUUCUGUGUUAUGCUGGUGUGAACUUGUCAUGCUUUCUGCUUGACCUCCUUGAUGCUCCUAGUUGGCGCCCCCGAUGGAAGUUGCACCACUGGAGCCUUUCUCUCAUCGGUGCAUUGCUUUGUAUUGUUAUCAUGUUUAUGAUCUCUUGGACUUUUACUGUGGUCUCCCUUGCCCUUGCAAGCCUCAUAUACUACUAUGUCAGCUUAAAAGGAAAGGCAGGGGACUGGGGGGACGGAUUUAAGAGUGCAUACUUUCAACUGGCUCUAAGAAGUCUUCGAUCAAUGGGAGCAAAUCAAGUUCAUCCUAAGAAUUGGUACCCUAUUCCUCUCAUAUUUUGUCGGCCUUGGGGUAAACUUCCAGAAGAUGUCCCGUGCCAUCCAAAACUCGCGGAUUUUGCCAACUGCAUGAAGAAAAAGGGCCGUGGUAUGUCAAUAUUUGUCUCAAUUAUUGAUGGCGACUAUCAUGAAUCUGCUGAGGAUGCAAAGACAGCAUGCCGCCAACUGAGCGCUUAUAUUGACUAUAGGCGCUGUGAGGGCGUUGCAGAGAUUAUCGUAGCACCCUCAACAUCUAUCGGUUUUCGCAGCAUUGUUCAGACAAUGGGCCUAGGGAAUUUGAAACCAAACAUUGUUGUGAUGCGGUACCCAGAAAUCUGGCGUCGUGAGAAUCUGACACAGAUACCAUCAACAUUUGUCAGCAUCAUAAACGAUUGCAUUACUGCUAACAAGGCUGUCGUCAUUGUGAAAGGACUAGAUGAAUGGCCUAAUGAGUACCAACGACAGUACGGGACAAUCGACCUAUACUGGAUUGUGAGGGAUGGAGGAUUGAUGCUCCUUCUGUCUCAGCUCCUACUCACCAAAGAAAGCUUCGAGAGCUGCAAGAUUCAGGUCUUCUGCAUAGCUGAAGAAGAUACCGAGGCCGAGGAGCUAAAGGCAGACGUCAAAAAGUUCUUGUACGAUCUUAGGAUGCAAGCUGAUGUGAUCGUUGUGACUGUGAAGUCAUGGGAAGCAGACCCAGAUCGCAGCGGUGGCUCGAAGAAGGAUGACCCUGAGGUGUACAGAAGCGCGCAGAGCAGAAUCAGAACAUACAUUUCUCAGCUGAAGGAAGCCGCGGAACGCGAACGCCGGCCCCUGAUGGAGGGUGGCAAGCAGGUCGUGGUUGAUGAACAGAAGGUUGAAAAGUUCCUCUACACGAUGCUGAAGCUGAACGCUACUAUCCUUAGGCACUCCAGGAUGGCAGUCGUGGUGCUCGUGAGCCUUCCACCGCCACCACUGAACCACCUGGCAUACUGCUACAUGGAGUACAUGGAUCUGCUUGUAGAGAACAUCCCGAGGAUCCUGAUAGUUAGGGGAUACAGAAGAGAUGUCGUCACGCUUUUCACAUGAUGAUUAGAUACUCUUGGAAGAUUCUAGCUAGCGGCCGGCUUCUUUUGGUUGUACCUUUCUGUCGUUUUGGCUGAGAAGAUUAUGCUUGGUUCCACUCAUUGGUUCCAUUGCUGAAGUCAGAGGUCAUCGAUAUGAAGGUUACUUCAGAGUUGCAGGCUGAUUCAACAUACAUGGUAGUACAUAACAGUAGCUUCAUUUUUUAAGGAACUGAAGUCUCGGACAGAAGUUUACAUGCCUAUGCACAUUUUUGCAUGCACCGAUUCUUUUGUCUUUCUUGAUCUUUUUUCACAGUUAGCUAUCGAUUUUUUAUAGCAAUUCAAAUUAUCUUAUUUCUGAGGUUCUACCUUCUGUAAAGUAUAGUCAAAUUCAUUCUUUUCUUUCUUUUUCUUAUAGGCGGAAGAAAUACAUUGAUCAUACUAACUUUUAUUUAGUAUAUGUAAAAAGUAGGGGUUGAGGGAUCAAAUAAACUGAUAUUGCUUUUGAAUUA